AUGGAUAUCUUCAAGAGGAAACUCAUUAUUCUUGCUGUUAUUUGCAAUUUCUACAUAAAUACAGAAUCAGUAUGCACCUCACCAGUACUCACUGAACCAGGUCUGCUGGUCAGCCCUGACCAUGAUGUAUAUGAUGAGAUGGAUCUUAUCAUCCUCUACUGUGAUCCUAGUCUAUACCUCCUUCAUGAUGGUCCUGCCUUCAGUUUCUGUAUGUCAGAUGUAUGGGUAGAAGAUCCGACGCUUGCUGUAUGUCACGAAGCAUGUGAUCCACCUGCUACAGACCCAGAUGUUGCACACACCAAUCAAGAAACAGGUGAAUCAGCACCCGAGUAUUACCUCCAUGGUGCUAUCGUUGAAUAUACCUGUAAAGAGGAACUAGGUGUACUUGAUGGUACCAGCACGGCUACCUGUCACGAUGGGGUUUGGGACCCUCUUGAUAUACCAGUUUGCAGGGCCUGCCAGAAGCCUCAUUUCAGAAGAGACAACGUUUACAUCGACCCGGUUCAGGAGGUUGGCUAUCGAGAUUUUGAUGUUGUGUACUUCUACUGCAAUGAAACCAUGCCAUACGUAGCAUAUGUCGCCCUCUGUUACAACGAAUCCUGGACCCAUGUGCAAUCCCCGUGGCAGAAGGACUCAACUAUACCUUGA